AUGGCCUCGUCUCUACAGGUUCUUCUCAUCUUCUUUGCUCUUACAGUCACUCUCUCCAAUUCAGCUGAUCCAGAUCCACUCCAAGACUACUGCCUUCCUACUCAAGCGCAGCAGCACCAGUGCAAGAGCUCGCCUUCACCCAGUGACUUCGUCUCCAGAGUCCUGGGAAACGCCCCCAAUUCCCAGCCACCGCAGACCUCGAACGCCUCUCGACUGACCUCGGCAAACUUCCCAGCUCUCAACACCAUGGGCCUCUCCAUCACCAGAGCUUACCUGGGAGUCGGAGGCUCGGCCCCGCUGCACUACCACCCCCGAGCAUCCGAGCUCAUCUACAUUGCGGAAGGAGAGGUGGAGGCCGGGUUUGUGGACUCGAGCAACGUCCUGUUCGCGCAGACCCUCCAGCCGGGAGACGUGAUGAUCCUUCCCAAAGGCAUGCUCCACUACCUAUACAAUCCUGGCAGCAGCAGAGCCACAUUGCUGGCCUUGUUCGAUAGCCAAGGCCCCGGAAUCGUCCUUGCUGGCCCCGGUGUGUUUGGCUCUGGGAUUCGAGACGAAGUUAUCGCGUCGUCCCUCGGGGGACUCGACCACGCCACGAUUGAAGCGCAAUCCCGAGAACGAUCUCGCCGCGUUUCUCAAAAAAAUGGGGACGCUCAAACUCGUAAGCUCGUCGGAACGAAUAUAGCGGUGGAAUCCCGUGAUCAUACUCAAUUGUCGACAAACGUACCUACAGUCCAGGAUCUAGCCGAGCUCUCGGAUUUAAUUGGCGCUAUACUAUGGAGCAAAUAG